UAAGACGAAAUUUUCGCUAUUUUAUCUGUAUCUUCAGUUAGCAUUAGCAUCUGAGUAAAGAUGGAUGCUGGGUCAUGUAUUUAUGCAGAAAGAACGCUGGCUAUCAUUAAACCAGACGCGAUUCAUAAAUCCGAGGAGAUUGAGGAUGUUAUCCUCAAAUCAGGCUUCAUUAUACUGCAGAAGAGGAUGCUGCAGCUGAGUCCAGAGCAAUGUAGUGAUUUCUACGCAGACCAGUAUGGAAAACUCAUUUUCCCCAGCUUGACGGCCUUCAUGAGCUCCGGCCCCGUUGUUGCCUUGACGCUGGCUCGUGACGACGCUGUAGCCCGCUGGAAGUCCAUUAUAGGGCCUGCCAACAUCACAAAAGCCAAAGAAACUCAUCCUGAGUGUCUUCGAGCAAAAUACGGGUCUUCUGACCUGCACAAUGCACUCCAUGGCAGCGACUCCUUUCAUGCAGCUGUGAGGGAGAUUAAAUUCAUGUUUCCAAAUACAACAAUUGAACUCUUUCCUUCAAGAGAAACAACUGAAGAAUACCUGAGCAAGUACGUGACUCCAGUUCUGUUACGUGGACUCACUGAGCUCUGCAAAGAAAAGCCCCUCAACCCCCGUAUUUGGCUUGCUGAUUGGUUGAUGAAAAACAAUCCAGACCAGCCUCAAAUAUGUGACGGAGUCAUGGGAAGAUGAAAACU